GGGCGGAACGAAAACGAUAUUUAUAUGAUUGUAAAAUAAAUAAAUUGAAAAUGCAUCUAUUACAGUGACUGAAGUUAAACAUAUUAUUAAUAAUUCUAUGAAGAGUACCGGUGCCUAUAGACUUAAUUACCCUAAUCAACAUCUGUGAAGUGUUGAUAAUCGGCACGAUCAGGUUACUUAGGUCAGGAAAUUUUUGAAGGGAGCCGAUAUAAUCAUUAGACAACACACUGAUAGGCAUUAAGUUUUCUCCGUUCUGCCAGCUUUCAUUAAAGGAUUUGUUUUUUGGCGGUAAACCACUUAUUCUUCCGAAGCAAUAAUGUUAACAUUAAUUAUAAGUGUUUUAAUUGGAAUAUUGAACGGUGUUUUGGGUGCACCAUUUUUAAACUACGAUUCUUUGACCAUUACUUCUAUAAAAGGAAAGCACGUUGUAUUACCCUGUGUCGUCAAAAACUUAGGAUUUUCUAGUAUUAUAUGGUUUUCACCGAGCGGUGGUGCUAUAGCUAAAGACACCCAUCUGUAUUCACAAGAUGAUAGAAUCUCUGUACAACAUCCUUACAAAACAGACUAUAAUUUAGUAAUAGACAACAUCCGGGAAUCUGACGCUGGGAUAUACAUAUGUAUGGUGUUAGGUGGACAAUCAGAGAAACAUGUCACUUUAAAAGUACAAUCACCACCAACGCUGGACGUACAAAGAUCUACACCAAAUCUUAAAAUAGUAAUGGAAGGGGAUACGUUAUCAUUAACAUGUGCAGCUACAGGGAAACCGGAACCUGUAAUCAGCUGGUACAGAACUGUAGAAACAGAUUCACCCGAGCAGACAAAAGAAGAUCUUGGAACGACUGGUACGGUUUUAUCAAUAAAUGAUAUUGCCCGAGAAGCGGCUGGAUCUUAUGAAUGUGUGGCAUCUAACAAUUUACCACCAAAUGUAUCCAGAGAAAUUAUAGUAACUGUUCAUUAUAAACCACAGAUAUACCCCCAGAAUGACCAAGUAACGAAGAAACCUGGUAAGACUGUUAUAUUCGAAUGUGUUGCAGAGGGGUAUCCCCUUCCUCAGGUUGUAUGGAGGAGAAAUGGAAACAUCAUAUCCAGAACCGAACCGUCGAACAAAUUUAGACAGGAUGUAUAUGAAGAUAAAGAUUCAAUAAUUUUGUCUCUACGAAUCAAUUACCUUGACGAUAAUGAUUUUGGUACCUACACUUGUGAAGCAGAAAAUAAAUAUGGAUCAUCAGCACACGAUUAUACCUUGGAAAAGACAGGAGCUCCUAAAAUAGCAGUUGCAUCUUCAUUAGUUCGUAAAAUGAAAAGUGAGAAUGGUGAUUUAGAAUGUAGAGUUCGAGGUUUUCCUUGGAGCGUUGUUUGGUUUAAAAAUGGAGAAAAACUUUCUACUUCAGCAAGCAGACGAUAUGCUAUUGAAACUUACCAAGAAGAUGACGUCACUGUGUCUUCAUUAACGAUUGUGUCGCUCGAGACUUCAGAUUUUGCAGUCUACGUGUGUCAGGCUGACAACGAAUUCGGAAGUGACGAGAUGGAGAUACGUUUGGAACAAAGUGUCAUUGAUAUAAGUGGACCAGUAGAAGGGAAAGUUGGAAAGGACAUCACACUGGUUUGCAACGCAACAUCUGAUACUAUUGGAAAAGAUGGUAUUGUGUGGCUCAAAAACGGACAACGAUUGGUUCAGUCUGCACGCGUCACUACGUCACGUGAUAUUAAUACAGAUGACAAAAGAAUUUAUAGCAAACUCUUCAUAAACAAGAUGAAACUUGGUGACAAGGGAACAUACACUUGUAGAACAUUGAAUCUUUUGGUUAAAUCUCAUUCCUUAAGUAUAACUCAGGUUCCAGACGAUUUUGUCAACAUAGACAAGUCUUUGUCGAGUCCUACAGACGUUAUAAGAAAAGAAAAUAGCGGUCCUAUCAAACUUAUGUGUAAAGUAGAAGCUUUUCCAAGAAUAAUGAUAUUUUGGUAUAAAUAUAUAGGAGAAAGCGACGGACGAAAGCAGUAUACAGAAAUAGCGUCUGGUGAUGAAGUAUUGACAUUUGACAGCCACAGAUCUGUGGCAGGGACAUACCAAUGUCGAGCAACCAAUGGGAAACAAUCUGAGGAAACACUGGAUAUUGAUGUAGACAUUCAAUAUCCUGUUAAAGUUUCAGUCUCCUCUCGUAGAAUCAAGAAAGAAAUCGGGAUGUCAUUAAUAGCUGAAUGCAAUAUAACAGGAAACCCAAUCAUUUACAACUAUUGGGUCUCGCCCAAAGGUCCCAAUUCUACGUUUGACCACACAUUAGACAUUGUACCUCACGAAAACUAUAUGACUAUGGCAAUGAAAAUAAUGAAAUUAAAUAUAGAAGAUUUUGGACAAUACACAUGUGUUGGUGGAAACCACCUUGGUCAAGACUCAGUCAGUGUUACAAUUUUACCACUUUUUGCCACAACUACAAAACCCAUGACAACAACAGAAAAAAUGAUAAAGAAGCCAACAACAACAAUAAUAAUAUUGACUUCUACAAAAGAGCCUAUAACACCGGUGCCAAUUAUUAUCACAACAAAGCCGAUGGAAAAAGUAACAAAGAAACGGAAACCCAAACGGACAACAACACCUGCCAUACCUACUGCAGAAACUGAGUAUAGAGAAGCAGACAAAGAACAAGUUAAACAAGAUAACCGAAACAAAAGUUCUGUUAUGACCACCAGCUAUAUUUUACUGACUGUGACAGUUGUUUUCGCAUUCCAAAAAUUGUUUUCAUAGCAGAAUCAUGUACAUAUGUAUGAGUGAAGAGGCAGCUUGCUGGUAUAAAUGUAGAAAAAAAAUUUACAGCCAAAGUAUUUGGAUUCAAUAAUUUCGUUUGCUAAUUAUAUAUUUUUAUCAAUUUGCAAAAAAGUUAAUCAAAUGUUAUGUUCCACAUCAGAGAAUCUGAAAUUAGGAAGUAAAUGAUUAUUUUUCUUUAUUCAUGUCAUAUUAUUAUUUUUAAAACGAACAAAAAAGUAGCUUAGAAAGAUACAAAAGAUAAGAGAAAGUUAUUGUACGAAUUGUGAACUAAGUAACACGUAUUUAGUGGUUAUUUCUAUUUCCUUUACGUAUAUAGUGUUUGUAUAGUAAUUUGGUUCAUUGUUUAACGAUGUUUUCAUUUAGUUUCUGUAUUAAUAAGAACCAUAUGUACACCGUAUUUUUUGUUGAGCUUUUGUUAUAUUAGACAUUAUUAGAAACUGCUAAAAGUUUCUGGUAGUCUAAUUUAUGUUCCUUUUGUUCUUAGAAACUGGUUCCACAGAAAUCAAAGAUUUUAAAUGUGUUUCUCAAACCAGUUUCGGUUACUUAUCCAACGUUCUGGUGUGGUUUGAUCUGUUCUUUUAUAUAUUUUUUUAAUUUGUUCACCGAUGUUUUAAUCUAAUAAUUUAAUCAUCACCCAUCUAAGCACGAAAUCAUAAACUGGAAGUAGCCCUACUGCUACUUGUACUCCGUCAUGAUCAUAAGUUUUCGUUACACGUUUUAAUCCUGAUCAAACCUAUACAAUUAGCUAUGAAUGAGAGUAAGAUUACGCACACGUGUUUAUGAGUGUAUUUAUUAUAAUUUAUGGAUACUGCAAAGAGACAUUCAUGACUCUCUAAAUUGUGUAAAUAGCAUCAGUUAGUUAUCAUUGUAUCUUCUUAUUUUCACUUUAAUUUUACCAUUUCUUAAUUGCUUAUUUAUGAGGUUUUAUAUUUGUUCUCUGAAGAGUUCUAAGAAAUAUAUUAGUUCAGACGA